AUGACAAACGAUGAAGAUCAAAAACGUUUAGGUAAGUCGUAAGUGCAAAUGUUAAUAGCAAUAAUAUUAUAAUUUUUGUACCUAUUUUAUUUGAAGUAUCUACUGAAUUUAAGUUUUGAAUUGUAAUAUUUUUAAUUAUGUGUUCGUCCUGUGUCACGUCUGUAAUACGUUUUCAUGUCAUAUUAUUUUCUGGCUGAAAAAUAAGAAUAUUUUGCCUACCGAAUUUCUACCAUAGGCUACGGUACACUUUUGCCGGCCAAAGCAUAAAAUCAAAAGAACAUUAAUCGGAAAUAUAUAGGGUAUGACUAAAAUGAAUAGGCAUUAGGUUAAGUAUAAUAUAAUGAUAUGCUUAUUAGAGGUACGGGUUAAAAAAUGCCUCCAUUUUUGAAUUUACCCAUCGCGUAAAUAUACAAACUAUAAAUUCCUUAUUUCUACAUUAUUUCGUCAAUUCAAAACACAUUUAAAUUUCGUUGUCUCGAUGUACUUAUAGGUAUAUUAUUUAUUAACUUUUCAGUCACAGAUAACGAAACACUAAAACAAAAAUAUAAGGUGUUGCAACACGAAUGCCAGGUCAAUCAACAAGAGAUAGUCGGCCGAAAGAGAAUUCGAGUGACGAAAUUCCGGUCGCAGCUAAAGUUGCAAGCGGAGUUUAUUUCGAAACUUGGAUUCAUGUUCGCUUAUUAUCUGUUCAAAGUCACCCAGAAUCAAGAGUUUAUCGACAAAAUGAUGUAUCGUCAAGUAAUAAAUGAAAAAACUCAAAUAUAAAAACAAAAACCGCUCAAAACGUACCUAUUAAUCAUAGACUUUAAUGCCCUGCGCUAAAACGGGAGCACAUAUCCAGCAUAAAUAAUCUUUUUGUUAUAAUAAUAAUAUAACCUAACCUGUCCGGAGAAAUCGAAAUCAUUCUCAAAGAGUUAAAAGUUUUAUGGUUACUACCUUGUGCAUCGUAUAAUAAUACUUGACAAUAUAAUAUAGUGCAUUUAUUAUAUUAUCAUCAUGUUGGGCCUAAAAUUAUGUGCAAUACACACACAGUAGCAAAUACAGAAUGAGCGGCUCAUGUGAUAGUGUACAAUUUUAAUAAAUACUAUAAUAAUAUACUGUUAACAUAUUUUUAUUAUUAUUAUUAUUUUGAACAUUUUAUAUUUUCAAAUCAACGUUAUCGCUUGUUUGCAGGAUGAUCUAGAAAAGCUGUCCCGUACCAUGAUUGGCGUACUGACGACGUUCGAUGAUGCUUAUGGAUAUUCAAACACACCCAUUGUAGACACGUAUGAAACGAGAUUCAUAUUGGGCAUAGUCGGAGUGGUGGCGAAUUUGUCAACGACAGAAAAAGGACGGAGAUAUUAUUCAACUAUGAAUUCCGGGAAAACCAUAAUGUGCAUCAUCCUUAAAAUAGUUCAUCGUUUGCCGUCUCCGUCCGGAAACUCAUUGAAAAAGUAA